UUUGCAUCAGGCCAACCUGGCAUCAGAGGCGACUGCACUGUCCACAUGUGCUGUAGGCUCUCGUUAAUCAGAUGCUGCCCCCUCCUGUGCCUGUAAGCGUGUGGAUAAAGACAGAAGGAAUACUGCACCUAACGAUCUCAUUCCACGUUCACGGCACCGGAGUCCCGGUGGAAAGCUGUGAGGAGGCGUUUGCUCCAGACAAAUAGAAAGUGGAGGGAUUUACAAGCAGCAAACAUCGACUGAGCCAGAGCAGCAUUUUCACACGUUUCACAGAAUAUGCUAUAAAUAACUCGAGGCUCUACAGGUUGGUGUGUUGGAUGCUGAGUGGCUGCAGGCGGCAGGUUGAGGAGGGGCUGGAUGCUGUGGGCUCCAGUGAUUGUUUUCCUCCUUUCUUGCGCUUCCAUUGAUCAGUAAAGCGAGGAAGGCGGAUCCUCUGACGUCGCCGUCAAGCUGCUCGGCUGCGUCAGAGUCCUGCUGAACCAAGGAAGAAGGAACCAAGAAAUAAAAGGAGAGCGCUUCGGAAAGGCCGAGCAGAGCGCACGGAGCGUGACGGGGACAUACAGACGCGUCGUGAAGAACACCGCGGACAUGGAGGGCUGCACGGAGGAAGAAUACAAGGAAAAAUUACUAUGGAACGUCAAGCGAGAGGUGAAGCAGAUUAUGGAGGAAGCAGUGACUAAGAAGUUUGUCCACGAAGACAGCAGCCACAUCAUCGCUCUCUGCACUGCCAUCGAGGCCUGCCUGGGUCACCUGCUGAAGAGACGAGCUGCUGGGUUUCUCCGCAGCGACAAGAUCGCAGCCCUCUUCACCAAGGUCGGCAAAGUCUGCGACACCGCCGGCGAGGUUUGCCAUAAAGUGCAAGAGCAGCUCCAGCAGCAGGCUGAUCUUACCAGGAGAACCCAGAGCGUGGGCCACGAACCCCUGAGGAGACAAGGCUCUUCCACCACCAGCCGGCCCCCUCAGCCCCUCUCCGCCCAGGCCAUCAAACACAUCUGGGUCCGCACGGCUCUCUUCGAGAAAGUUCUGGACAAGAUUGUGCAGUACAUUGUGGACAACUGCAGUAAAUACUAUGAGAGGGAAGCUCUGAUGCAUGACUCAGUCUUUGGGCCCAUCUUGGCAGCCCUACUAGUGGGGCCGUGUGCUCUGGAGUACACAAAGCUGAAGACUUCGGAUCAUUUCUGGACAGACCCCUCAGCCAAUGAGCUGGUUCAGCGCCAUCGUAUUCACGGGGCCCACCGGGGCCAGGACGUCUUAGCCGGCCGCAGGCCUGCUCUGGGGAUCCGCAAAAGGCAGUCGAGCGGCAGCAUGUCAGAGGACAGGUUUGCUGCAUCAGCGAGGGAGUAUGUGGAGUCUCUUCACCAAAACUCCAGAACGCACCUUCUCUAUGGCAAAAAUAAUGUCCUUGUGCAACCGAAGAAGGACAUGGAGGUUUUACGGGGUUACUUGUCUCUCCAUCAAGCCGGGGAUAAUCUCACGCUGAAGUGGACACCCAAUCAGCUCAUCAAUGGCACACUGGGAGACUGCGACCUGGAGAAAAGUAUCUACUGGGAUUACGCACUAACUGUUCCUCUGCGCCAGAUAGUAUGCAUCCACUGUCACCAACGUUCUGACUGUGGGGGGACACUGGUUCUGGUCAGUCAGGAUGGGAUCCAGCGGCCACCCCUGCACUUUCCCCCUGGUGGUCACCUGCUGGCCUUUCUCUCCUGUCUGGAAACGGGCCUGUUACCACGGGGCCAGUUGGAGCCGCCUCUCUGGUCCCAAAAAGGAAAGGGAAAAGUAUUCCCUAAACUGAGGAAGAGGAGUAGUGCCGCCAGGCUUAUCGACCAGGAAGCCAACGGCGAGGAGCAGUCGGCCGCCGACUACGUGUUUCGCAUCGUCUACCCUGGAUAUCGAUACGAAGCCAUCACUAUAAACUACCACCACACCACGGGCAGCCGCGCUCCAUCGCUGGAUGAUGACGAGGAAGAGGAAGAUAGGCUCCAUGCUAUGAUCUCAAUGAUCUGCUCGCGGAACCUCACAGACCCUAAUGUCAUGAAAGACCACGGGGACAUGAUGGACACGCAGGGCUUUGGAGGCAGCCCGUCGUCGUGGCAACAGGCUGAAGUCACCACUCACGAGUCCCUGUGCCAGUCCUGCUCCACCGCUGGCAGCAACGUGUCCUUUGACUACGCGUCUGGCUGUACCUGCAUACACGACCCGUCAGAUAUUCACACUAUUCCUCUGAAGAUGCUCUGCCAGAACAUGAAGCGGCAGAUAGUCUCCAGAGCCUUCUAUGGAUGGCUGGCAUACUGUCGACACCUGUCCACAGUGCGGACUCACCUGUCAGCUCUGGUCAACCACAACAUCGUCCCCCCAGACAGGCCCUGCGAGGCAUCCGGGGGCCUCAGCAAAGAGGUGUGGAGCAAGUACCAGAAAGACUGCAAGAACUACAAGGAGCUGGAGCUGCUCCGGCUGGUUUAUUACGGUGGAGUGCAGCAUGAAAUCAGAAAGGAGGUGUGGCCUUUCCUUCUGGGACACUACAAGUUUGGCAUGAGCAAAAAGGACAUGAGUAAGAUCGAUGCAAAGAUCAGCGAGCGGUACCAGCAGGUGAUGCGGGAGUGGAAGGCCUGUGAGGUGAUCGUCAAGCAGCGGGAGAAGGAGAUGCAGUCGGCCAUCUUUGCCAAGCUCUCCUCGGGCAGCAGCAUCGACAGCCACGUCCUGCGGCUCGUCCACAGAGACUCCACACUCAGCAAUGAGGUGUUCAUGUCUGUAGAUGAGCAGGACGCAGGAAGCCAGGAGACCCCCAGUGGAGAGGACAGCACUCCCACAAUGACCAACCUGGUGCCCCCCGUGGCCCUCCCACAAGAAGAGCGUCCUCUGGUAGAAUUCGAUUCCCCCGACUCAGGGCUCCCCUCCUCCAGAAACUACUCUGUGACCUCUGCUCACUCCCAGAUCCUGUCUAGUAUCGAUGACGGUCAGAGCACAGAGGAGGAGGGUGGGGGCGCGGAGGACGGCAGGACUCCCAGUGAGCUGGCGGGGUGCCGGGACUCUCUGACAGAAGACCGGCUGUGCAGUCAGCUGGACAAACUGGUGACCAGUGGAGCAGCUGCUGAGGGGACGUCACCGUCGCUCUCUUCCUAUACAAUCGAGUUGUUGGACACGGUCGCCCUCAACCUCCACAGAAUAGACAAAGAUGUCCAGCGCUGUGAUCGCAACUACUAUUAUUUCACCACGAGCAACCUGGAGAAACUCCGCAACAUCAUGUGCAGCUAUGUGUGGGAGCAUUUAGAGAUGGGCUACGUUCAGGGCAUGUGUGACCUCCUCGCUCCGCUCAUGGUCAUCCUGGAUGAUGAGUGCCUGGCGUACAGCUGUUUCACUCAGCUGAUGAAGAGGAUGAGUCAGAACUUCCCUAAUGGUGGAGCCAUGGACUCGCACUUUGCCAACAUGAGGUCACUGAUCCAGAUCCUGGACUCGGAGCUGUUUGAGCUGAUGCAGCAGAAUGGAGAUUACACUCACUUCUACUUCUGUUACCGGUGGUUCCUGCUGGACUUCAAGAGAGAGCUGCUGUACGACGACGUGUUCGCAGUGUGGGAGGUGAUCUGGGUGGCUCCCAGGAUUUCCUCACAGCACUUUGUCCUCUUCCUGGCCUUGGCGCUGGUCACAGUUUACCGCGAGAUCAUCGUGGACAACAACAUGGACUUCACCGACAUCAUUAAAUUCUUUAAUGAAAUGGCUGAGCGGCACGAUGUCCAGCAUAUCCUGAAGAUAGCGCGUGAGCUGGUGCACAAAGUCCAGUCUCUGAUGGACAACAAGUAACUGUGACGAAGAAGGCAGAAAGAGGAAUGGGAGGAUGCAGAGGGAGAGUGUCUGAACCUGCUGGAAACUAGAGCACUUCCUGCCUCCACUUACCCAGGCCACAGCCGGGUGGUCGAGGCGUCCCUUUUCUCCAGAUGAAAGCCCCGGGAAUGGGGCGGCUGUUGGAGCUCGGCCCAAUCUGUUUACAUUACCCUUCACGUGGAAUGCCCAUGGUACCUGUUUGGACGUGGAUUUGUCUGCAUGCUUGUGAGUUUGAUCACACUGUGAACGCAUUCUUGAGUCUCCCCAGUCCUACAGAGUUUGCGUGCGUGCAUGAAACACAAACACACACACACACACACACUAUCACGACUCGGUUUUCUAAAGUCUCGCUCUUUUUCUCGACUCUGAGACAGAACAUGUUGGAUGCCUAUCAGGAAAGCUGAAGCUCUGUGUUUGUGUUCUCCAUGCAGUGCCAUCUUUGGCCACUAGAGUGCAGGAUUUACACACAGAGGAGCAGAAGACUUAGCCACGAAGACGUUUUCAUUAGUGACCAAAUGGACUGUGCCAACGACCUUUUCAUGAGUGUUUUCUACAAGCAUGUGUGUUUUUACCCCCUCUUUUCUUUUUGUCUACAAAGUCAUUAUGACACAAAUGUUGCCUUUUUCAGUAACAGCCCAAGGUACUUACUUGCACUUUGUUGUGAGGGGGUCCUUCGCGGUCCCUGUGAAGGCCACGCCACAGUCUGUGGGGGCCGGAGGAGCCUGCGAGAGGCCAGACUGUUUAGAAACUCAGGAUGAAUUGCAGCCAGCUUUUCUGAACAUGUCGGUCAGUGUUUGAAGCAUGUCUACUCCCAGAGCACAACACAAAACGCAAGAGCACACGAGCCUCCCUCCUUAUCCUCGCAAUUUUAAAAGGGCCACAGCUACGUAUGACAGCUACACCUUAACUUAUCUCGAUCAGUUUCAGCUUGAGUUUAAAUUGUUUUUAGCUCUUUUUGUGGCUGCUCAUCAAUUUCAGAGAGCCAAAAGUUUCCGGCACAACGUCACCUACGUCCAAGGUGAGCGGGACAAAGGUGGUGAAGAAUCCAGCGACACUUGAAACAUGAGGGAACGACUUCACGUGUCGGGGUCAUUACAAAAUACCAAACAGUUUGUGUUUGCUAUUUCUGGCUUCGCUUAGCCUACAAAGACUCACUGAGUUUUCAAAGGCAAACUGAUCUGUUUGUUAAAAAACAUCAUAUAUUCAUAUAUUUAGCCUAAUUAGGAUUAGUGGAAUGAAAAUGUAAAAACUGAUUUAUCUAGCAGUGUUUGGAUAUUUUUAUGAAAAGAAUGAAACUCACUUCCUUGAAGGAAACCUCCUCAAACAGCUGGACUGUAGUUUUAGCAGACGUCACAAUAAGAUCAUAGAAUCGAGUUAGUGUUGUAGUGCUGUUUGUUUAUAACUUACAGCUUUUUCCAGCUGUUGAAAAACAGUAUUUAACACCCCCAUUUUAACCAGUUAGUGAGAUACAUGUACUUUUCUUGGUGACCCCCCUCCCCGAGCCUUAUUCCUGUUAAAAAGAAGUUCUUGUCUGAUCGUUGGGGAUCUCUCGCUAAUCUCAAAGGGUCUUUACCUUGCUAUUAAAUCACACUGAGAUAACUGACAAGUAGUUGAGCUAAUUUUGUGAUAUACUUCCUGGAGUAUAAUUUUUUCAGAUAAUCUUUGAUUAACAUUUAAGUUUGUUUGAUCCUUAACUAUCACACAACAGAGCUGAACUAUAGUAUGAAAGCUCCAAUAACCAGCUGUAAAUCCAUUUAACUUUAUGGAAAAUGUCGGUUUCAGAUCCAGCUGUGUUGAAAUGUCGUUGAAAUUUGGAGAAGCUGCAGGAAAUAGAAGCACACAUUAUUAGGCAUUCCCUGGGAAAAAACCCAAAAGCAAACCAGAUCGAGUAUAUGGGAUAGAACAGGAGACACGAGGUUGCAGGAUGUGGUCAGUGCUUGUUUGACUUUUCGCAGCAAAGAAUAUUCUCGGGAAAUAUAGACUGUCCUUUCAGUAAUUUCGUUUGAAACAUGCACGCUGACCUGAAGGCACCACGAAGACUGUUCAGCUUCCUUUUGCAUUCAGAAGCACUGUCCAGAGAAGUGGUUGCAAUUGUCCCUGUGAAGCCGAAGUCCAGCCUGUGAGACUCGGGCUGGGUUUGUCUUUACAGUCCCAGGUUUAGAGAAAAAACAAAAGAAACCUGAGAAGAAGCUGCUUUUAAUGCCAUCACUAGUGUUCAGUGGAUCAGUAUUACAGUGUGUUGGUGUUGGCUUCAGAGUAACAGCACAUUCACGUUUGUAUCUGAAGGGAGUCGGGUGCUUUUUUGACACCCUUCCUGCUCUCCCUUCUUCUCAGUGUGACCCUUUAUCGCUCCUUAAACCGUCCAACGCGGCCGCGUACGAUCGGUCGUCCGACACGGACCUGCACCUGUGAUUCAAGUGCCAAGAGUCUUCCCCGAUCCUAAUGUGUACUGUAGUCAUCUUGCUCUCCGAUUCGCUAGUUUGAUCCCAGGAACAGGCCGUGGCAUUGGAUGGACCUCGCUACGGCCUCUCCUCCCUCCCCCACCCUGCCGCCGCGGAGGCUCGGAGGGGGAAUCGGGUCCGUGCUUUUUCUUCCGAUCAGGACGUUGUGUACCAAAGCCUUGAAACAGCCCCCUCUGUGGCGUGACAACAACGUGCAAUUUCAUACUGCAUCUUGAAGACUGACUGUUUACUAUUUGUGUAAAAUAUUUUUGGAAAUGGUGUUCUUGAAUUCUUUCACUACUGUGCAAUUUCUGUCAUUUGAGAAUCCCAUCAAAGUCUAUACUGCUGUACAUAUGAACCAAAAGCCCAAUAUUUCUAUGAAGACAGACACAACAUAUACAAAUAUACAUAUAACUUAUUUUGAGAUCUAUUUUUAUGUUGGUUUUAGCAGCACUAGCCAGAGGUGUGUACUGUGCAGAAAUGCAGAAUGUGUGCAGACCAUGUUACAGAUUGACUGUUAAGUGUUCUCUCUUAAUGUUGUGCACUGACUUCAAGAUUUCAAAUUUCUAUUUAUGUAAGGAGCCAACGAUUGCAUUGCUGAAUAUGUAUUGGUAAGGGUGUAUCAUUUGCCUUGAAUGUAAUGUAUUAUUAAAUAAGAAGUUGUUCAUGA